GCUCUCAAUAGGAAGCGCAUAGGCUAUGCUAGUUUUGCGGCAAUUACAGGAGGAGGCUAUUAUCUUUAUAAUAAAGCUAUAGUUAAAAGGCGCCCACAGCCAUAUCAACAACGCCUUGCUACCAUUUCACCGGAACUUUUUAUGUCAGAAACGUAUACAGACGCGUCGAACACGAUUCAACUUGAAGGUCUAUCAGAUAGGCCACAUACUUUAUGGACCCCUCCUUCAAGAAAGGAAAUGUUAAAUAUGCUCAAUAAUGGUGAAAGUAAGGAACCACCUUUUGAUAUUUUGAUUAUAGGUGGUGGAGCCACUGGGUCAGGCACAGCUCUUGAUGCUGCUACAAGGGGGCUGAAAGUUGCCUUAGUGGAAAGAGACGACUUUGCUUCUGGAACUUCCUCUCGGUCUACAAAACUUGUUCAUGGUGGUGUUCGAUAUUUAGAGAAAGCCAUAAAGGAAUUAGAUUAUGAACAAUUCAAGCUUGUAAAAGAGGCACUUCAUGAACGUGCCACAUUUUUACAUAUUGCGCCAUAUAUAAGUUAUCAAUUGCCAAUUAUGUUGCCUAUAUACAAGUGGUGGCAAGUCCCGUAUUUUUGGAUUGGUUCGAAAUGCUAUGAUAUGCUUGCUGGCAGAGAAGCUGUGGAAAGUUCAUACUUUCUGACACGUGGCAAAGCACUUGAAGUUUUUCCAUGGUUGAAUAAAGACAAGCUAGUUGCUGCAAUGGUUUAUUAUGACGGUCAACAUAACGAUGCACGUAUGAAUGUAGCAAUUGCUUUAACUGCAAUUUCACUUGGUGCCGUCGUUGCUAAUCAUGUGGAAGUGAAAAAGUUGGCGAAAAAUGAAGAAGGCAAAGUUAGUGGUGCAUAUGUAAAAGACACUCUAACCGGAGAAGAAUGGCUAAUAAGAGCAAAAGGGGUCAUAAAUGCUACUGGUGCAUUUACAGACAGUAUUCGUUCAAUGGAUGACCCCAGAAAUGAAAAUAUUGUUGCACCUUCUUCUGGAGUACAUGUUACUUUACCCAAUUAUUAUAGUCCCCGAAAAAUGGGCAUGAUUGAUCCAUCAACGUCUGAUGGAAGAGUUAUUUUUUUUUUGCCUUGGGAAGGAAAUACUAUUGCUGGUACAACUGAUUCACCUACAGAACUAACAUAUAACCCAAUGCCGAAAGAAGAAGAAAUACAAUGGAUAUUGGACGAAAUUAAGCGAUAUCUAAGUCCGGAUAUUAAGGUUCGUCGGGGUGAUGUUUUAGCUGCAUGGUCGGGAAUAAGACCUUUAGUACGCGAUCCUUAUGCAAAAAACACUUCAGAGUUAGUACGAAGUCACAUGAUUUACGUUAGUAAUUCUAAUUUAAUUACUAUUGCUGGUGGUAAAUGGACAACUUAUCGCGCCAUGGCUAAAGAAACGGUUGACAAAGCUAUUGAGAUAUUGGGAUUAAAGCCUCAAAACGAGUGUCUUACAGAAAAAGCUAGACUUAUUGGCUCGCAUGGGUAUUCAAAAACUAUGUUUAUUAAGCUUAUUCAGCAAUUUGGAUUGGAAACUGAAACCGCUCAACAUUUAGUGAAUAGCUAUGGGGAUCGCGCUUGGGCAGUUGCCGCAUUAUCUAAACCUACAGGCAAACGAUGGCCAGUAUUUGGUCAACGGAUAAGUCCUUUUUAUCCAUAUAUUGAAGCUGAAGUACGCUAUGCUGUUCGUCGAGAAUAUGCUUGUACUCUAGUGGAUGUUAUUGCACGUCGUACAAGAUUAUCUUUUCUUAAUGCUCAAGCAACUCUUGAAUCUCUACCUCGAAUUAUUGAAAUAAUGAGUGAAGAACUUGAAUGGUCUUCUGAACGACAAACUCAAGAAUUUGAUAAAGCUGUUGAAUUUUUGUUCACUAUGGGAUUACCUAAACCAAAAGAAAAAUUAACUAUAAACAAAGUUCGAAUUGAAUCCUCAAAACGUUCAGAAAAUGGAGUUCUUUAUUCUCGUUCACAAUUUCAGCCAGAAGAAUUGGCUAGUUUUCAAAAGGUCUUUUCAGAUUUGGAUAUUUCAGGUGAUGGACGUAUAAUGACAAGCGAUUUAGAAAAAGCUUUAGUAUUAGUAGAAUAUUCUAUCCCUAAAAAUACGUUAAAUUCAAUUAUUUCUGAAGCAAAAUUUGAUAGAGAAGAUUCCAUUGAAUUUGAAGAAUUUUUGGAAUUUAUGAGUGAUGUAAAAGAGGCACAACUUAAGCAUGCAUUUCCCGAGAUAGUUGAUUAUCAAAUAGGCAAGCAUGAACAAAAGAGAAUUCCAAUUGAAAGAUCAUCUGGCGGUGUAUAGAUUUAAUGACAUUAUUAAUUUCUUCGAAGUUGUUUAUGUUGCAGAUGAAAAUUAAUUUUAUUCCAUUUAUUAUUAUAUAUCUUAUAAAUUACACUAUAUUUUUUUUAUCUAUUAAAUUGCUAUAAUUACUAUGCUAAUAAUUAAAUGGUUAUCUUUUUUUUUGUGGAAUUACAAAAGUAAAUAUCACUUAAUUACUGUGGUCCGAGUUAUCGGAUUAAUUUAU